CAACACGGAACCAUGUGGCGCGGGUAUACCCUUUCAUACACUUUCAGUUGUUCGGCUACUAUCACUCGUUGUACACACUUUGAACUACUAUCCGGUGAUAAGAUUGCGCUUGCGUUGAUGCGCGUAUCGUCGCCGGACGCUUUCCGCAUCAAAGAUCGAUGACGCAGCGUGCUUUCCAGCGCAAAGCAUGCUUGGAGGCGAUCGGUGUACAGCAGAAGUGUGACGCAACGACUUGCAACCGGUUGCCUCAUGUGCGGCCCGGAGAAGGUUGUCGGCACUUGUUCAUCCUAACAUCCGAGGCGCGAGGUUGCGUGAGAUUAGUUCAUAGCAGAGUGUGCGCUCCAGACGAACGAGUACUUUGCUAUUACAGCAGAUAAGAAAGGGAGGCUGACGUUCCAAACCUUCCUCGUUAUCAAUCACAUAUUGUGUUGCUCAAAAUAUCGGUGUUGACAACCAGUGUCCAGCCCAGCCAACACACGAGUGGCUUAAUUAUUGCGGUGUUAGCAACAACCGGCCGAGACGCGUUUGAACAGGGUGUGUGCGCUGUGGAGGACAGGUGCCCGACGAGAGGAAAAGUAAACUGUUAGCCCUCAAUCCGGAAUGUUUUCCCUGAACCUGAAAUCAACUUCUUAGACGUACCAAGUUGGCGCGAUCAACCGAUCCAUCUGCAGUGUGCCGUGUCAAAAUUCGAAAACGCAUCACAACGACGCACUGAUAUUAGUACCGGAAUAAAAAUGCACGGGACAGGUGAAGCCAGCAGUUUAAAAACAGGCGUGAUUGAUUUCACUGCCGGUUGCUUAGGUGGAGUCGCUCUAGUCUACGUGAGCCAACCGAUGGACACGGUGAAGGUGAAAAUGCAAACCUUUCCAGGACUGUACAAGGGUCUGGUGAACUGCACGGUGCAGACAUUCAAGCGUGACGGCAUCGUGAGGGGCCUGUACGCUGGGACACUGCCGGCCGUUGUCGCGAACGUGGCCGAGAACUCAGUAUUAUUUGCUGCGUACGGUGCCUGCCAAAAGCUGGUGGGGCGUACCGUGCACAAACAAAACCUGACCGAACUAUCGACGCUGGAGAACGCGACCGCAGGCUUCCUGGCCGCUUUUUUCUCGUCCUUCACCCUCUGCCCGACCGAGUUGAUAAAGUGCAAGCUCCAGGCACUGCGGGAAACGCAAUCGCAGGCGCAGGCGGCGGCGGCGGAUGGCAAAUCCCGUCCGACCAUAUCAUCCUACGCUCUAGUAAGUCAAAUCCUACGUACCGAGGGCAUACCGGGCAUGUUUCGCGGCCUGACAUCGACAUUCGCGCGCGAAAUGCCGGGCUACUUUUUCUUCUUCGGUGGAUACGAGAUGACGCGUGAGUUUUACACAAAACCAGGCCAAACGAAGGACGACAUCGGGCCACUGCGAACGAUGGUGGCGGGUGCGGUCGGCGGUGUCGCCCUCUGGACGGUCAUUUUUCCGGCCGACGUGAUCAAGAGCCGCAUACAGGUGUACAGUAUGCGGGCGAGCAUGACGCAGGUCGGGCUGGACAUCUUCCGCAAGGAAGGCGUGCUUGCCUUCUACAACGGGCUGCUGCCAACGAUCGUUCGAACCAUUCCUGCUACAGCGGUGCUCUUUGUGGUAUACGAGUACACGAAGAAAACGUUAACGAAGCUCCUUGAGUAGCGAAAGAGUUACAUGUUUCUUACCUCAGUAAUAAAAAAUUCUAAAUGUAUUUUUUCUACAACCAU